UUAAAUAGUUUAUAAUUCAACGCAGACGAGUUCUUUUGCAUAAUUUUAUAGGCAAUUGUUACUAGUGUUUGCAAUGGAACAGGCGUUUGAGAUAGCAGACGAUAAUGAUCUUCCCAGGAACUGACUUCCAGAUAAUUUGCAGGGGAGGGGUCAGUGAUAGAGAACAGGACUCAGGAUGGAACCGCAGGUUACCAGCAAGCAGACCUUCGAACCCAAUGAACACCAGCACAUCCGCUAUAACCCUCUCCGCAAUGAGUGGAUCCUGGUCUCUGCUCAUCGGAUGAAACGUCCUUGGAAAGGACAGCUUGAGAAACCAGCAGAGGUGAACAUUGCUCGACAUGAUCCAACUAACCCUCUCUGUCCUGGAGCAACGAGGGCGAAUGGAGAGGUGAACCCAGAGUAUGAAAGUACGUACGUGUUUGAUAAUGAUUUUCCAAGCUUGCAACCUGAUGCUCCAGACCCAGGUCCCAGUAAACACCCGUUGUUUCAGAGCAAAGCUGCUAGAGGCGAUUGUAAGGUCAUGUGCUUCCAUCCUCAUUCCGAUAUCACCCUGCCAUUGAUGUCCAUUCCAGAAAUCAGAGCUGUGAUUGACAAAUGGGUGGAACUGAUGGUAGAACUCGGAUCCACAUAUCAAUGGGUGCAGAUUUUUGAAAAUAAAGGUGCUAUGAUGGGAUGUUCAAACCCACACCCACACUGUCAGGUGUGGGCCAGUAGUUUUCUUCCCAAUGAGCCAAAAAUAGCUGAUCAGACACAACGGGACCAUUACAAAAGCCACAAAAUGCCAAUGCUGGUGGAGUAUGCCAAGUUAGAGUGUCAAAAUAAGGAACGUAUUGUGGUUGAAAAUGAAGACUGGUUGGUCGUAGUUCCAUACUGGGCUAUGUGGCCUUUUCAAACUUUACUUAUUCCAAGAAGACAUGUGCUUCGUUUACAAGAUUUAUCUGAUAAUGAGAGAGACAGCCUUGCUUCUAUAAUGAAAAGACUCUUGACGAAAUAUGACAACCUGUUUGAGGUCUCUUUUCCCUAUUCAAUGGGCUGGCACGGUGCCCCCACUGGACAGUCCUUACUUGAUGACAACAAUCAUUGGCAGCUUCAUGCUCACUACUACCCACCAUUAUUACGGUCUGCCACAAUCAGGAAAUUUAUGGUGGGAUAUGAGCUUUUAGCUCAGGCCCAAAGAGAUCUGACACCUGAACAGGCUGCUGAACGCUUGAGAAAUCUACCAGAAGUUCACUACAAGCUGAGGCAGAAUCAGCCAGAAAACUGAAUGGAAUCAAAUCAGCUGCAAAAGGAGGUGAAUUAAGCCAAUCUUUUUAAGGGAGGACCAGGAUUCCUCUAUACUACAACUUGAUGUGGAGAAAGCAGGUAGAAGAUUCAUGCUGCUUCUGACAGCCCUGACCUCAGCAACAUUUCCUUUUGCAGAAGGUGGAAUUCCAAUGGAACUGGCUUUCAUCCCAUUUUCUCACCACCUUUCAGCAUGUCAAGCAGAAAUGCAUUGGAUGCCAAACUGAAUUAUUGUGUAAUAGCAACAUAGCUAUGUUUGCCACUAGCAAUGUAGUACUGCAGAUGAGUUUAGUACCAGAGUAAUGCAAGUUAUCUGGUUCAUAUAAAAUAGGAUGUUCUAUUGACUGUUCACAACAGGUAAGGUACUGCUUUGCAAAAUUCUAAUCACGUUGUCCAACAUUCAGUUUGAUACGUAAAUGGCACAACAUUUGCUAAAUAAUCCAACUGUGCUGAACAUUACACUGAAAACCAAUUUAAGAUUGUCAAUUAAUUUUGCAGUUUGGCACAAUUGCUAUACUAGAAUGUUCAUAGAUGAAUAAAAAAGGCUGUAUCCAUUGCAGAGAGAAAGAGUAUGAAAAUGGCGAACGGUAGAAUUUGAAUUCAAUAAAAUCUGGAAUUAAAAGUC